GAACGUUUCAUGAAAUAUCGAAAAUCGCAAACCUAAAAUAAUAUCGAGGAGUAAAAUUUUUUCUUAAUUUUUAUUAAAAAAAUAUCGAUUGAAUCGAACUAUAACACCAAGUCGAUUCAACGAUAAAAUCAUAUAGCCAGAAUCAGUUUUGAAAUCGAUAAAUCGAUCGAAAAAAAUCGAUUUUUAAAAAAUCAUUUUAAAUUGCCCAUUGCUACUAAUAAAUACGUUACCAUUCCAUUUAUUCAGUGAUAUUGGCCUCGUAUUUGAAGUAAUUUAGUACUCAAUUCAAUUUAACUGAAUGCACUUUAACAUGUAAAAAGCUUCACUAGUAUCUUACCCUUAUAUUUUGUUAAAUCAUUUUGAUAUGAUUUCAAUUUGUGUAUUAGGUAUUAUAAAUAAAAAAUUUAAUAUUUAUAAUUAUUAGUGUGUUCAGAAUGUUCGGUCUCUCAAGUGAAAAUAAGAUCAAAAAAGAAACUCUAAAUAAAAAUAAAGAACUUGUUGAAGAUCUUUCAUGUAGCAAUCACAACUUAAAUUCUUUUAACAAAACUUUAAAAAGUUCUGUACCUAACUCAAAUUCUAAUCACUGUAUCAAUGGUCUUUAUAUUUCUAAAAACAAAAGACUUGAGCAAUUACAAAGUCAUUUGAAUAAACAGAGUAAACUUAUUCAUCGAAAGUCCCCUAAAUUGAAUUGUCUAGUCAUAAAUGAUGUGAUUAAAGAAAACUGUAAAUUGAUUGAAAAAAACUGUUCCGAAAUAAAGCCUUAUAAACCAUUAAAUAUUUCUAUAACACAAUCAAAGUUUGUGUCUCGCGAUAAUUUAUUUCAACAAAAAAACAUUACUUAUAAGAAAAAUAAUUUCACACUUAAUAAUCAUAAUAAAUAUCUAAAAAAUGUAUCGUGUUUCACCAAAAAUUCUUGUUCAUUAAUAAAUAAAAAGAAAAGCAGUGAAAUUUUUACUGAAGCAGAUCAGAAAAAAAAUGUAAGUAGUUUUGAUUUUGGCAAAAAUGAAAGCCAAUCAAACUUUUUAAACAGUACUAAUUUUGAAUCAUUAAAUCCAAGAACUAUUUCUUUGGAUGAAACAGAACAAAAAAUAAAUUUAAUUAAUACAAAUUCAUUAUUAGAAGUGAAGAAUAACAGACAAAGUAAACAAAUAUAUAUAGCAAGAAACUCUUUAACAUGUCAUUCAAGCAUUUUAAAAAAUAAAAAAAGUUUCUUAAGUAUUAAAUCAGACAAGAAAAAAUCAAAGAAAGUGACUUUUUGUGGAAUAAGUAGUAUUGACCAUGAAAACAACUUGUCAUCCUUACAGGAUUCUUCCCCAGUUAAGAAAUUUAAGUCUAUUGAUGAAACUAUUGAAAGUAUUGAUGAAAGUAAUGUGAAAUAUAACUCUUCUAAAGGUAAUCUCCUUAUUAAUGAUGCUAUUAAUAACGCAAAACAGAAUUCAAACUCAGCAAGUAAUCUAAAUAAUCUAGAUGAAUUGUCAUUACCAAAUAUGUUUGAACAGGAAAUGAAUAUUUAUUCAAAUACUUCAUCAGUUUUUAGUAGUUCACAAUCCAUCAUAACUUCAUUUGCUCAAAAUUUGUUGUUAAAUCAGCAGUCUAAAGAUGGUUCUAAUAAUUUAAAUUCUAAAUCUAGCCAGAUGCUAUCACAAAAUAAUCUAAAAGUAAAAGUUGAAAGUCCAAAGAAUGAUCUCCUGAAUAAAUUUAAUAAUAUUUUUAUAAAAGAGAGUAAUACUAACUAUAAUGAAUUAUCCAAAUUACAGUAUUCAAGCAAUAUGAAUAACACCAAAAUAGUUAACACUAAUACAAAAGAUAAUUUCACUCAAAAAUCUAAUGAUAAAAAAAUCAAUCGUAAUCGAAAUAUUUUAUGCAAAGAGAAGUUGAAAAAUAUAAUAUAUUCUCAAGGUGAUCAAACUAAAAAUUUAGAUAAGUUGUUUACUUACUUAAAUGCAAAGUAUUAAUGUUAAUAAUUAAAAUUUAAUAACCUAAAUAAGAAAAAUCUUUGAUUUUUGUUAAUAUAAUAUUUGUUAAUUUUUAUGAAUAAUUUAUUAUUUAGAUGACCAUUCACCAAGUUAAUAGUUUUUGUUUAUAUUUUUAACAUUUAAC